AUGACCGUCGCGGGGGCGCUGAUCGGAUUCGUUCUGCUCAUAGGAAUCUUCUGCUUAUUUCUUCGAAUCUGGAGAUCGAGGCGGCGGCGCAGGAAUCUGAGCUUCAGUUGGCGGCGGCGGGAUCCGUCGGCGGUUUUCGCUACGCAGGACGAUUUCAUCGCGGAAGAUCACGGCCCUGUGAUUGAUCACCCGAUUUGGUACAUCCACACCGUGGGGUUGGAACAGUCGAUAAUCGAAUCGAUCGCCGUGUUUCGGUACAAAAAGGAGGAUAAACUCAUCGAAGGAACAGACUGCUCUGUUUGCCUGAGCGAGUUUGAAGAAGACGAAAGCUUGAGGUUGUUGCCCAAGUGUAGCCACGCUUUCCACAUCCCUUGCAUCGAUACUUGGCUUAGAUCUCACAAAAAUUGCCCUCUCUGCCGCGCCCCAAUCGUUGCGGCCGCUGCGAAUUCUGGGGCUGUUGCUGUUCAAGCUGCUGCUGCUGCUUCAGGGUCAUCGACGAAUCUCAAUUCUGGAGAAGAUUCUCCAGUGGAGAAUUUGGAGCCUACAAUUCUAAUUACUGCAACGGAGGAAAACGAGGAGGGACGAGAAGACGAUGAAGCGAGAAUCGGUAGUGGUGGUAGUAGUAACAAUGAAGUGGACCUUUCAGACCAUUCGAAGAGAUUGAUGGUAUUAUUAAGAAGAAGUCAUUCGAGGGUUCCAAGCGAUGUGUUGGAAGGAGGAAGGAGAGAAGGGGCAGGGGAUUUGCAGGGGGUGAGGCGAUCGCUGUCUCUGGAUUCGUCAUCAGCAAUGGCGAUUUACAGGGCAGUGGAGAAUAUAGAAGUGGAAGAAGAAGGAGAAGGGAAGAAUUUGGUAGCCAGAGAGCUGAAGAGUUGCACGAAGUCGAGGAAUGGUGGUAAAAGAGGGACUAGUUUGAGCUUCCGGAAAUUGAUGAAAAGCGGGUCGAUUAUUGGGUUGCAGAAGGGCCCCGUUCUGAUGAAAAGGUCGAACUCGUCAUCAAAGGCUUCAACUUCUAGACAUGGCGGCAGAAGCCAUGACUCCAUCCUUCCAUUGUGA